GGAGGUCGCGGGGCGCGGACUGUCUCCGGAGUGGCCGCCAUGGCCGGGCCUGCGCGCGCGUUGCUCGCCGCCCUGCUGGCGCCGGUGCUGGUGGCGCUGCUGGUGGCGCCGGCGUGGGGCCGGGGCGGCAAGGGCCACGGGGACUGGGACACCGGCGCUCUGCUGCCGCCGCUGCCGCCCCGCGAGGACGCGGCGCGCGUGGCCCGCUUCGUGACGCAUGUCUGCGACUGGGGCGCGCUGGCCACCAUCUCCACGCAGGAGGCGGUGCUCGGCCAGCCUUUCGCCGACGUCCUGUCGCUCAGCGACGGGCCCCCGGGCGCAGGCAGCGGCGUGCCCUACUUCUACCUGAGCCCCUUGCAGCAGUCGGUGGGCAACCUGCAGGCAAAUCCGGGUGCUACGCUGACCAUGUCUUUGGCACAGACCGACUUUUGCAGGAAACAUGGAUUUGAUCCCCAGAGCCCUCUCUGCGCUCACAUCAUACUGGCAGGAACUGUGACCAAGGUGAAUGAGACAGAAGGUGACUUUGCCAAGCAGUCAUUGUUCACUCGACACCCUGAGAUGAAAACCUGGCCUUCCAGCCAUAAUUGGUUUGUGGCUAAGUUGAAUAUAACCAAUAUCUGGCUCCUGGACUACUUCGGUGGACCAAAAAUUGUGACUCCCGAAGAAUAUUAUAAUGUCACAUUUCAGUGAAGCAGAAAUUGGUGAAUUUAACCCCACAGAUGAAGUUUAAGGCAGUUUCCUAGAGACUGGAAGAAGAGCUUCAGGUUUCUCUGUGGAAAAUGUCCCAGAAGAUCAACCCAUUUGCUUUCACACUCUGGCUGGUUGGUUUGAUUGCUUGUUUACAGAAUCAAGUUGGACUAUUACUGGAUUUCUUGGAAGAUGAGGUUGCCAAAUUUUAUAAAUUUAAAUUUAUAGUUUUGUUACCUACAUAUAUGAUUUCAGAAGAUGAUGUAAGAUUCCUCGUAAAGAGGCGUGUCAGAAAAUCAAGCCACUGAACCCUUCAAUGGCUCAGAGAAAGGAGUUAAAUAUGUGUCACGUUUGAAAACUACAAAAUGAACUUACCCAAAAUCCAGCGAACAGCUUCCAUUUAAGAAAAAUCCUGUCCACGAAACUUGGUAACAUAGUUUUCUUAUUCAAAGCAUCAGCAAUUAAAAGCAUUAUUUUAAUGAA